AUGGCGCCCAGCCUGUUUUCCCCAGACGAUAAAGCCGCGCAGUUCGUUGCCAAAGGGCGUCGAUAUUACGCCCAAUGGACACAGGCCUACGAGAGACGGAACCAAGGCGACCUCGGAAAGCCUAAAAUCCAUGAAGUGAGGAUGAAAGCCCUCAAAUCCCUUGACCACCCCAUCUCGGUCUAUGCCUUUGUCCGGGUUGGCAACCACCCCUUCACCGACUCCGACGAGGCGCCGUACGAGAACUAUGUCCACGCCCACGGAAAGGUCAUCAUCUGUUACUGGAAUUUCUUGGCGGGGGACGAGCUCCGGGGUCGGCCGGAGAGAAUAUGGUGGUCGGAUAUAAUGGCCGGCUCCUGCGACGAGAUGACGGAACGAUACAAGACAAGUAUGAAGGAGGUUCGCGCCAUCUGGCGUGUUAACAUUGUGAACCCGGAGACAUCGGGUCUCAUUGCCUGGGCGUGCCGCGACCAAGAAGCGCUGUUGAAGCUCACUCCCCCCGACCCCCGAUUCUUUGCUCUCGUCGGAACAGUGCACGGGUUGGGCCUUGGUCGCAUGUUAUCUACGUACCAACAAAAGUUUGGACGUAGACAGAUCGUUUCUGUUUGGGUUUUCCCGUCUCAUGGAAAAGAGGGCCCGGCGCUGUGCUGGUUGCUGGCCGAAGCUCCGCCCCCCACCGCCCGACCCCAGCCGGCCGCUGUCCGGAAAGGAAUAGCGGAAGCUGAAACGUCAGCUGCAAAAUACCAGCAAGACAUGACUUCCUCGGACCCCGGCAUGUCCUUAAAAGGCCUACCUACCACCUGGGGUGUCGCACCAUGCGUGGCACAGGCCGUUGCUGCUCUGGACCCCGAGGACGGAUGCCAGAGUGUAUCCCGAGGGGUAUAG